AAGAAGAGAUCCAAGAUGGUUGCAACGAGAUCUCAGCAAGGAGAUGGAUCAUCACAGGAUCCGUCGGAUGAACAACCACCACAGGUUUCAUUUCUCACUUCGUUUCUCGAUUAGUUAUUGUUAAGGGUGACGACAAGAUUCUUGAUUUCACUAAUGUCGACAUCCGGCUGGCUUCCGAUGUUUGUUUGUCUAUGUGUCGCGUGAGAAGAGACCAGGGCCGGAUACUAUGACCACAACAAAAAAGCUGGUGCAAUGAACUGUUUGGUAAGGGCAUCUGCUGCUAUUCUCUCCAACGGCCCAUUCAUUUCAUUCUCAACCUUGAUUGUGACCACUACGUUUACAACUGCAAGGCUAUAAGGGAAGGGAUGUGUUUUAUGAUGGAUAGAGGUGGGGAGAGCAUUUGCUAGCUACAUUCAGUUUCCUCAGAGGUUUGAAGGAAUCGAUCCCUCGGAUCGGAUCGGUAUUGCCAACAAGAACACAGUCUUCUUUGAUGGGAAUAUGCGUGCCCUACAUUCAGUUUCUUCAUGUUGCUACAACGCCUCUUCUAUCUCAACGUCGGCAUAUACCCCUUCACCUCCAUCUUUCUGAUCGUCUCCCGGCACUGUCGCUCUUCUCGGGCUCCUUCAUCGUGGAGAGCCUCAACAUUGCCUUCUUUGUGUACCUUCUCAUCAUCACCUUCUGCCUCAUUGGGCUUGCCCUCUUGGAAACGAGCAAUUUUGGCUCAUCUCUGGCACGAGCGCUCACUUGGUGCAGGGCCUGCUCAAGGUGGUUGCGGGCAUUGAAAUCUCCUUUACUCAGACUUCUAAAGGAGCCGGAGAUGACAACGACGACAUCUACGCGGAGCGGAGCUAUACCUGGUGAAGUGGACUUCUCUCAUGAUUCCACCCAUUGUGAUUGCCAUAACGAAUAUCACAGCCAUGGCUUGGGCACUCAUAAGGACUGUAUACAGCACGGUGCCGCAGUGGAGCAAAUUGGUGGGUGGCGGGUUUUUCAGCUCCUGGGUUUUGGCUCACUUGUACCCCUUCGCCAAAGGCUUGAUGGGGAGGAGAAGGAAGACUCCGACGAUCGUGUAUGUGUGGUCAGGCUUGAUAGCAAUCACGCUCUCUCUUCUUUGGAUUGCUAUUAGCCCGCCCGCCCCACCGUCGUCAACACUCCCACCCAACCCAGUGGCACGGGCGGCGGUUUCUAGUCUAGUUCCCCUGAUAAUUACCCAAGCAGGGGCUUCACAUGCUUUUGUAGUAGCUUUGUACACAUUCAAUACUAGACACACAGACAGGCAGGCAGGCAUGCUCUAAUUCAAGCGCUGGAACCGUAGCCAAAGCAGAGUAGAACUAGCACUUAACAGAUUUCAAUACAAUGUGUGUUUAUGU